GCGUGAUCUCUGCGAUCCCACAUCCAAGUUUCGCAUUCACUUCACAUGCCCCUUCAAAGAGAACACUAACAUCUCGUCCAACGAUUAUUCUCUACAAGAUUUUCGCCAAUACGAGUUACUUACUUCCAAAUUUAUUCGUUUUGAUCAUGGGUAAACUAACCUGCGAGUGUCUGAACAUCAACAUCCACACCAAAGGAGAUGACCUUCGACCUUUGGACCCCACCCUCCUUGGCCUGUCCAUCGACCAACUGAGGGCGCCCUUCUUUGAGCGUGACAUCGCCGAGGUGCAGUUGGACUUAGGCGGAGUCACAGAGGAGCAGAAGUACCUUGUGCACAAGACAACAGUAGCAGACUGGUGUAUCAGGACCUGUGUUAACUGCAAGAUACCGGCUUACGCUACCCAUGCCACCAAGGGCUUGGAAAGGGUGCUUGUUAACACCAGACUUGUGAGCGAUGAGACGAGACAAGAUAGUAUCCAGUCAUCGGCAGCAUUCUCAACGCUGUACAAAGUCGUCUUGACAGAUAGUGGAGAGAAAUCAAACAGUUCAUCAUUAGUACAUCCAAUGACUGGUAACCAGGAGGUGAUAAGGAAGACCGUAGCGCAGCUACAAGAUCAUCUCAACAAAUAUAUCAGCAGAGAAAAAUUAGCCAUGGAAGAGAGAAUAAGGAGAUACAGUGAGGAACAGAAGGCAGCAUUCAGCCAGCUGCAGAAGAGAGCAUACCAGGAUAAAAAUGUUAUGGUUGGUGUCAUUCUAAAUGCUGAAGAGAGAAACCUGGAAGACUCGCUAUCAGAUGCUAUGUUGGACAAUACCCUAACCCCACCUACCACGCCAAUUUCAAGGCCUGGGACUGUACAAACUAGAUCAUCAGACAAACUUGCCUCAUCUGUACCAGCAUCGAGAGCCCCUAUGGGUCAAUUCACUCCGUCCAUGGCCAAAAGCCGACCCAUCCCACAGCAAGCUAGAAGAGUACCGCAUAGCAGUAUUGCUAGAUCUGUUCCUGCCCAUACAACUCACCGUGAAGUCACCAGAACAAGCUCGGAUGCAGACACCAUGUUUGAUCUUGAGGGAUUCACCCAAGACGAAGAACCUUUCUUUGAGUCUGAUGAAAGCAGUACAGAUGAUAAUUCGCUGAAUGAUGAGAAUGUGGGCGCGCCGGUGACGAGAGUGCAUCACGAGUACGCGACAUCCGUUCCCAUCUCCAUGCCGAUGUGGAAGAAGGAGAAGCACUCGUUCGAAGAGGAAGCGGAAGAGAAGGUCCCAAUGCCAGAACCCGAUCACAUGGUCGCCAGCAUGAGGGCGCUAUCAUUCAGCGUCAACGACGGAACGGAGAUGUUCGGCGACCUCCCGAGGCCGAGAUUAAACACUGCCGGCGAGGUCCCGAUCAAGAAAGGUGCGCGAAGAUUGUAGUUUAUAGAUUCUAGCUUGUAGAUUAUAGAUCAUAUUGCAUAGAUACUGUUUGUGGUCAGAAGGAGUUUUAAAACCAUAUAUACUGUAUAAAUUUGUAUUUUGGCGGUGGCUUUAUCAUUACAACGGUUUCAUUUUUGCGCAUUUCGUGAAUGAGUUCUCAUAAUUUUUUGUUACUAUAAUGGUUUAUAUUUAUAAUAGGGAAACAUCACAAUAAGCGUGAAAUCAAAACCUUGUGCACAAUCGCCACCUACCAAUAAUAGUUGGAAUAUAUGGUAUGGUAUAGCAUUAUUCUGCCCAUUUGCGUCCAGAACUGAUUGCACCUUUAUUUAUCCUGUGGAAUGGGACAUUUCUGUAUCCGAAUGGGUGAAAAGAAACUAAUUUUCCUUCUGGUUACAAACAGAUUUUAUAUUUUCAUCCUUUGGGAGAUGUAAUACCUUUGAAAUAUAAAUGCCAAAUCUACUGUUGAAAAAUAACUUUGUCGAUAGAAAAUUGAAACUUUAGAAUGUUGGGGUCCUGUUUCAUGAAUUCUGUGUUCAAUUAGAAAUGCUUGAAAUCUGUAACAAAGUAGCGCUUGGCCAAACGCAUUGCAGGAUUUCGGUAGCCUUUAACAUUAGCGUGGAACUUGCCUUUAAUGACAGUUUUUAUGAAACUUGUUGAUACACAUGGGCCAUUUCAUGAAGCUGUUUGUCAAGUUAUGAAUGACUUAUAACACCUUUUUGACUCGUCCAUGAUCCGAUUUUGGAACAAAUCGCACUUUGCUUAUUUUCUGAAAACUUGAAUGAAAUGUAUCCAUUUAUUUGAGGUUCAAAUUAACUUUAAGAAUACUAAAAUAACAAUUUUGGAUGAUUGCACGCUUUUAUUCUGGAAUAAAGGCUAAAUUGGUAUCAAAUCGCAGCGAAUUGUACGAUUGCUAUGAGGUCAUAGUGAUUAUAUAGUCAAUUCACUUUUGUACUAAUGAAUAAGUCAAUUCACUUUUGUACCAAUAAUGAUGGUAGCACAGUAUUAGAUUCGAACAUAAGUAUUUGUUCAAUAAUCUGGAAGUGUACACAGUAAGAUGUUCAAUUUCUCGAUAUUCACAUCAUAUUCUACCACAUUUUAUUCCAAAAUCUGGUUUUAGAACAAUCAUGAGGUGUGUGGUUGCUUUUAGUCACACUUGACUCUUGUGAAACACCCCCUGGAACAUAUUUUUGGUAACGAGUCAGGCAUCAUUAUGGAAUGUUGCUGUGUGUAUUUAUUGUAGGAUAGGAUCUAGUCAGGGUUUCUUGGUCUUGUGAAAUGAAUUCUGAAAGAAAAUCAUGGAAGCGGGAUAAAAUAGAAACUAGACUUGAAAUGCAAUAUUUUACGGGCAUGACCACUUUUCUGUAGGGCACAUUUCUGCAUUACUUUUAUUGCCUCGUUUAGGGAGAAUGGUAUGCUCCUUACCGUCCAAUUCUGUUUAAAAUAUUGAUUUGUUUCGGCAUAAGUUGGUAUGUAAUUAUUGCUGACAUCAUAUUCAGUGCAUGGGACUGGACUAUGUAUAUAAGUGCUGGCACAAAUCGAUUACACAAUUUGCAGUAUGUGGGACUGGGCUAUAUUACAUGGUUCAAAUUAUGUGGAAAGCUGUUAAGUUGAAAUUGAUAGAAUUAAAUGAUUAUUUUGGCACAAUUUGUACCUUGUUUGCCAACCUUUAUGUUAUAUUUCAGAGCAAAGUAACUUUUUUUUCAAAAAUACAUUUAGGCAGCUGUCACCAUGGUGAUUUGAGCAUACUUAAAAUUCAAAUUUUGGUAGGGUAAAACUUGUAUACCGGAACAUAUAUAUGUUCAUGUUGUAAUUCUGCAUAUUUCUCCAAUUUUAAACUCCAACAAGAUGUCAUACUUAAAAUCAAGCAGGUAGCUUAUUGUA